CCUACGAGUGCAUUGAUGCAUCAUGCUGGACAUAAAUUUCAUGAAGUGUUUCAGAUGAAACAAGGCGGCUAUUCUGAUCUUCCUGCAGCAAAAAUCUCAGAAAUGAUGAAAUCAAAUAGUUUGGAUAUUGCACCGACACAAUCUCUUCUAAGCUUGGUAAAUGGCAUUCUAGAUGAAAGUAUCAGCAGGAAGAAUGGUGAACUACCUCAUCGUGUUUCUUGCCUCAUGAGGAAGGUGGUGCAGGAGAUUGAACGGCGUAUAUCAACUCAAGCAGAACAUCUAAGAACUCAAAAUAAUGUCUUUAAAACUCGCGAGGAAAAAUACCAGGCAAGGAUUAGAGUUCUUGAAGCCCUUACAAAUGGGGCCGGUGGAGAAUCAACGGCGGCAGUCGACCACUAUGACCACAUGAAGAUGAUGAUGAGCCCGUUUGAUCAUAUAAAAGUUGAUGUGACAAGAACUGGAAGUAGCAAGGACCUAGCUUCACUGGCAGAUGAGACAAUUUCACAAGAGGAAAGGAAAAAUGAGGAUCAGGGUGUGGAUAGAAAUAUGAAAGAGAAGAAUAGCAGAAGUGCUGAAAUUGUAGCUUCGAAACAAGAAGCAGAGAACAUUAGGAAAACAAAUGAAGACCAGCGCUUGCAAAUAGAAACAGCUGCAAAAAAAGCUCAAGCUGAACUUGAAAAGAAAUUGAAGGUUGUUGAAAGUCAGCUGCAUGAAUCCAAGAUGAAGGUGCAGGACCUUGAGGCUAAAUCUUUGUCUAAAAGUCAAUGUUGGUACAAAAAAGAACACAUUUAUAAAACAUUUACAGAAUUCCAACUUGGUGCACUCAAGGAACUAAAAUUUGCUUCUCAAUCAGUGCGCCAGGAAAUUUUAAAAACUCAAAAGAGCUACGCAGAGGAUUUUGAUCAUUUAGGGACAAAGGUUAAGGUUUUGCAAGACGCAGCAAAAAGCUAUGACGAUGCCUUUUCCGAAAAUAGGAAGCUACACAAUGAAAUUCAAGAAUUAAAAGGAAAUAUUAGAGUUUAUUGUCGGGUUAGACCAUUUCUUCCAGGUCAAAAAGAAAAACAAUCAACCAUUGAUUAUAUUGGUGAAAAUGGGGAGAUAAUUAUUGUCAAUCCCUCCAAACCGGGGAAAGAUAGCCGCAGGUCAUUUAAGUUCAACAAGGUUUAUGGUCCUAGUGCCACUCAAGCUGAGGUAUAUGGAGAUAUACAACAGUUGGUACAAUCCGUUUUAGAUGGAUACAAUGUAUGUAUAUUUGCAUAUGGUCAAACUGGAUCCGGAAAAACCUACACAAUGAGUGGCCCUGACAAAGGAUCUCAAGAAGAAUGGGGAGUCAAUUAUCGUGCUUUAAAUGAUCUUUUCAGAAUUUCCCAAAGUAGAAGCACUUACAAGUAUGAAGUGUGGGUUCAAAUGGUUGAAAUAUAUAAUGAGCAAGUUAGGGACUUGCUGGGAAAUGAUACUUCUCAAAAGAAACUUGGGAUUUUAUCAACUGCAAGUUUAGCUGUGCCAGAUGCCAACAUGCGGCAGGUUAGUGAACCAUCUGAUGUUUUGGCGUUAAUGGAAAUUGGAUUUAAAAAUAGAGCUAGAAGUACUACUUCAAUGAAUGAAAGAAGCAGCAGAUCCCACAGCGUUGUGACGAUUCAUGUUUCUGGAACGGAUCUGAAGAAUGGCGGGUCAUUAAAUGCUGGUCUUCAUUUAGUAGAUCUUGCAGGAAGCGAAAGAAUAGAUCGGUCAGAGGUGGUUGGGGACCGACUUAAGGAAGCACAACAUAUAAAUAAAUCAUUAGCUGCUCUUGGUGAUGUCAUCUUUUCUUUGUCUCAGAAUAGCGCUCACGUUCCAUUUAGAAACAGCAAGCUUACUCAAGUACUUCAAAGUUCUUUAGGUGGUCAAGCAAAGACACUUAUGCUUGUACAGCUCAAUCCUGAAGCUGCUUCAUAUAGUGAAAGCUUGGGUACCUUAAAGUUUGCUGAACGGGUCUCUGGAGUGGAGCUGGGACCUGCUCGAAAUAAUAAAGAGGGCAGCAAUAUAAAGGAAUUGAUGGAACAGGUGGCUUCCCUCAAAAGCACAAUCACAAAAAAGGAUGAGGAGAUUGAGCGCCUACAAAAUCUGAAAGAUAAGAAAAAUGCUCCUCCUCCUAUUGGCAGUGCAGAGCGACAACGUUCAUUGAGGUAUGGGUCUUCUUCUCCUAUUUCUAAAGGAGGGGCUUCUCCACACACCUACCGAGCAGAAAGUAUUCGUGGUCGUAUGUCUCUGGACGGAUACGGCUACAAACCAGUCAGAAAAGGGAAAUCAUCAAUUAAUGGAGAAGACACGGAUAGCUCUGUUGAAAGCAGCCCGUCUCGUGAUGGUUCAAAAUCAGCCCACGGCUCUUACAAGCCAAAAACAGGUAGUAGAAUUUAUCGUCCACUAACGAAAAUAUCAAAGGAUCUUCCAAAAGCUGCAAAAGGCAUGUUUAAGUCUCCAAGUGGUAACAGUUUGAAUGGCAAAAGUUCUUCCAAGAGAUGGUCAUGAAGUUGAUAACAAUUCAACAGCUCUUCAUAAUCGUACACGUCAAUCCCUUUGUUUCUCUAUUCACUUACAGUUGUCGUCAACUUCUAAAAUUUGGUUUUGCAGUGCCAUUAACUUUUUAAUUUUUGUAAUAGAAACUAAUUGAGUAUAAGUUUGACAAGCAUUGUGAAAUUCUGUUAAAAAUAGUUUACA